AUGUCAUCAAUUAAAACUAUCACGAGUCUUUCAUUCAGAGGAAAACCUACUCAAAUCACUUCUUCUCUGAUCCCUCGCCAAAGAUUCAUUUCUUCAACUUCAGUCAAACCUUUUGCAACACCUGCUCAAGAACACGCAACACCCGAAGCUUCUAAUACCAGCACCGAUACGAAGACCAAACAGUUUUCAAUCUACAGAUGGAAUCCAGAUGAACCCAGUCAAAAACCAAGUCUUCAAACUUAUUCUAUCGAUAUGAAAAAAUGUGGUCCGAUGGUCUUAGAUGCAUUAAUCAAAAUCAAAAACGAAAUCGAUCCGACUCUUACGUUUCGAAGAAGUUGUCGUGAAGGUAUCUGUGGUAGUUGUGCUAUGAAUAUCGAUGGGGUUAAUACUUUGGCUUGUUUGAAGAGAAUUCCUAAAGAAAGUUCAUCGGAUGUUAAGGUUUAUCCUUUACCUCAUAUGUAUAUCAUUAAGGAUUUAGUGCCUGAUAUGACCCAGUUUUACAAACAAUACAAGUCUAUCGAACCGUUUUUGAAAAACGAUAACCCACCUGCUCAAGGCGAAUUCUUACAAUCACCUGAAGAUCGAAAGAAGUUGGAUGGAAUGUAUGAAUGUAUCCUUUGUGCUUGUUGUUCCACAAGUUGUCCAAGUUACUGGUGGAAUCAGGAUGAGUAUCUCGGACCGGCCGUGUUGAUGCAAGCUUACAGAUGGAUCGCCGAUUCUCGAGAUGGUUACAGUGAAGAUCGAAAGGAAAAGUUGCAAAACACCUUUUCCUUAUACCGAUGUCACACCAUCUUCAACUGCACCAAGACUUGUCCCAAGGGCCUCAACCCCGCCAAGGCUAUUGCCCACAUCAAGCGAGAGAUGGCAAUGGCAUAAGUUUUAAAUCUUUUGUUCUUACACAUCAUUUUCAUUUUCUCCAGUUGUCAAAUUGAACUUUUUCAAGUUCAUUAUGCUUGUCAUUUGUAUCCCAACUCAUCUGAAUCAGAGAGGUACAAUUAACUUUUUUUUUUAGCAAAACUUUAUUUUUUCAUUUUGAUUCAUGUGCUUUUUCGUUUGAAAACCAUCCUGAUUGUAAAACCCAAGAUAGUGACAAAAACCAAUGACUUUUUCUUUC